AUGGACGAUGGUCUUGGGGCGACGAACAGCCUUUCAGACCUACUGCAGAUGUUGCUCGAUAGCCAGAAAAACCUGAACCGGCAUGCAUCCCCGCUAAUGUCGGUUCUCAGGACGCUGACGCAAGAGGUGGUUGAAAACGUUUCACUAUUCCUGGGAGGAUAUCAGGAAAACGUGUAUGGUUGGCUACGCGUAGUAAAGCUGACAGCAGUCAUGCAGCGUUGGACCGACGAUGUCAAGUUGUGGCUGGCAAGUGCAGUGCAUGGACGAGGUAGUGAAUUCCGUCGAAGAUCGUUCGGUAGGAUCUUUCUACUAGUGGUAGACUUUCCUGAAUGUAAGCCCAGAAGCAAGCACCGUUUGAGAGAGGGGGUGAGCUACGUGUGCGAGAAGCUGGAGAUGCUGGAGAGUAGUCUGGCACCAUUGACGCAGGAAGAGAAAAUCUGGCAUGUAGUGUUUUGGUUGGCUAAUGCUUACCAAGCAACGGUUGUCGUCGCUGGUAGCCCUUGCAAGGUCGCAGGCGUGCUGCGUAUCCUGCAAGCAUUAGAGGAGCGUAAAAAUCACUGA